AUGCCUGAAGUUAGCUUUCCGUGCGAGGUGGGAUCCGAGUUGGAGGCCUACGUGGCACGUCUUCUCGACGAGGCCGGAGUGCCGAAUUUCAUAUGGGCCGAGCCGGCUCUCUCCAUUUUAGGGGUCGACACCGUCUCUUUUUUCAGCGGAUGGGUCGUCCCCGACGAAUGUAUUGAAAAGGCGGCGCAAGCUCUCGACGCAGCGAACUUCCCGCCCUGCAGGCAGGGCCGCGAUGGAUGCAGCGUCUUCUGGGAGCGACGAGCUCAUCCCUAUCCCGAUCAUCACUGGCACACCGAUCUAUUCUAUCCACCGAGGCUAUCUCCUCCUGGGGGUGCCGCGAUGACCUGCGGGGUCUUCCUCUAUCGCAAGUCGAGGCUGUUUUGGUCGUUCCCCGACCCCCCAAUCGGUCGCCCUGCCCCGGACGAUCCCUAUUAUAUGCUCACAGAUGAUUCCCGCAUCGAGAUGGGGGCCAGAAGCUCUAGGGGUCCCCAGUAUAAUAUCUGGUAUCCCGUGAAGAUGCCCACCCCCGGCCGUUACAUAGAAGCCAUGUUCCGACUGGCGCUCCGAGACUUCGAGGGCGUGAUUCUGUACUGCCAUUGGCUCGAUGAGAUCGAUUACCUGGCGGGGUAUCUGAUUGAACCAGGUAGGACGCUGAAACUGGAGGAUAUCGUCGAGCCGUUCCGGGAAUGGGCCCGACGACUGGCAUUUGGCCGGUAUGCCGAACGAAAGGGCGAUCUGAACGCCAAGAAGAUCCAAAGCGAGAUCUUUGUUGAGAUGGCGAGAAACAAGCAGAUCCCCCCAGUGGAUGAUGUGCGUUUCGACUCCUGGGCGUCUUUGGACGACCUCCUGGGGCAGUACAGCCUCCCCUGUGAUCCGGAAUGGUCAACUCCGGAAGAGAAGAAGGUAUACUGGAACCGACCACAGGAUCGGCGACGGCGUUGA